AGGCCGGGCGGAAGUGUCUGAGCCUCGGGCCGCCUUGGUUACCGCGUUCUCCGCCCCUCGCUACGUCAUCGCUCUGAGCCCGCUAUCCGCUGCCCGCGCGGGCGCCGCCCGAGACUGUGGGGCCCCAGUUGCCGCCCCUUCAGGAGCCACCAUGUUGGUGAUACCCCCCGGACUGAGCGAGGAGGAAGAGGCUCUACAGAAGAAAUUCAACAAACUCAAGAAAAAGAAAAAGGCAUUACUGGCUCUGAAGAAACAAAGUAGCAGCAGCACAGCCAGCCAGGGCGGUGUCAAGCGCUCACUGUCAGAGCAGCCUGUGGUGGACACAGCCACAGCAACAGAGCAAGCAAAGCAGCUGGUCAAGUCAGGAGCCAUCAGUGCCAUCAAGGCUGAGACCAAGAACUCAGGCUUCAAACGUUCUCGAACCUUAGAGGGGAAGUUAAAGGACCCAGAGAAGGGCCCAGUCCCCACUUUCCAGCCAUUCCAAAGGAGCAUAUCUGCCGAUGAUGAUCUGCAGGAGUCAUCCAGACGUCCCCAGAGGAAGUCUCUGUAUGAGAGUUUUGUGUCUUCCAGUGAUCGACUUCGAGAACUGGGGCCAGAUGGAGAAGAAGCAGAGGGCCCAGGGGCCGGUGAUGGCCCUCCUCGAAGCUUUGACUGGGGCUAUGAAGAACGUGUUGGUUCCCGCUCCUCAGCCUCCCCUCCCCAAAGCCGCAGCCGGGACCGCAGUAGAGAACGGAAUCGGGACAGAGACCGAGAUCGGGAACGGGAUCGGGAUCGGGAUCGGGAUAGAGACAGAGAUCGAGACCGGGACCGGGACCGGGACAGAGACAGAGACCGGGACCGGGACCGAGACCGAGAUCGGGACAGGGAUCGAGACAGGGAUCGGGAUCGAGAUCGAGAUCGAGAGGGCCCUUUCCGCAGGUCGGACUCAUUCCCUGAACGCCGAGCCCCUAGGAAGGGGAAUACUCUGUAUGUGUACGGAGAAGACAUGACGCCCACUCUCCUCCGUGGGGCCUUCUCCCCCUUUGGAAACAUCAUUGACCUCUCCAUGGACCCACCCAGAAACUGUGCCUUUGUCACCUAUGAAAAGAUGGAGUCUGCAGAUCAGGCCGUUGCUGAGCUCAAUGGGACCCAGGUGGAUUCCGUGCAGCUCAAAGUCAGCAUUGCCCGAAAACAGCCCAUGCUGGACGUCGCCACUGGCAAGUCUGUCUGGGGCUCCCUUGCUGUCCAGAACAGCCCUAAGGGUUGCCACCGGGACAAGAGAACCCAGAUUGUCUACAGUGAUGACAUCUACAAGGAAAACCUUGUGGAUGGCUUCUAGGGAAUGGAGCCGGAUUCUGUGUGCCUCAUCUGCCCUGACCUCGGUCUCAGUAAAACACUGAGGAAGAAGUUCA